ACCGUGGAACGAAUAAUAAAUUGAAUUCUGACACAUUUCUUCGUAAUUUGAUGGUAUUGCAAAGAGACUAAUGAUUAGAAUCAUAUACAGUACACUAUGACGUCUUUUUAAUUAUAAUUACGUUUGAAAUGUCAAAAUCGGCUGAAAUAUAUAGCUAUAUGUAACUGUAGUUUCAAUCAUUUUAGAUUUGUGACUCAUCCAACCUGUCAGUUCCGAAUAAUCAUAUCGUAGUCCCAAUAUUAUCUCUUUAACCUCACAAAAGUCAAUUUUGAAGUACUGAAGUGUACAUACUGUCAACAUUUUCACGUAUAUGAUACAUAGUGUUUGAAUAAUUCAGAAUUAAAUUGGGUAAAUAGGUUUGUUGCACUAUCUUAUUUUGCAACCAUGGAGUGGUUAUUUGGAAAACGAAUUACUCCUGAGGAGAUGCUUAGAAAAAAUCAAAGAGCUUUGAACAAAGCUAUGCGGGAUCUUGAUAGGGAAAGAAUGAGAAUGGAACAGCAAGAGAAGAAGAUUAUCGCAGACAUAAAAAAGUUGGCCAAGGAUGGGCAAAUGGAUGCAGUGAAAAUCAUGGCUAAGGAUCUUGUAAGAACUAGACGUUACGUGAAGAAGUUCAUGUUAAUGAAAGCAAACAUUCAAGCAGUUGCUUUGAAAAUUCAAACACUGCGUUCUCAAAAUACAAUGGCUCAAGCUAUGAAGGGAGUAACAAGAGCAAUGCAGAAUAUGAACAAGCAAUUAAAUCUCCCUCAAAUACAAAAGAUAUUACAAGAAUUCGAAAAACAGUCUGAAAUAAUGGACAUGAAAGAAGAGAUUAUGAAUGAUGCUAUAGAUGAUGCGAUGGAAGAUGAGGCUGAUGAAGAGGAAAGUGAUGCUAUUGUGUCACAAGUACUGGAUGAGCUAGGUUUGCAACUCACAGACCAACUAUCUGGCCUACCCCAAGCAUCCGGUUCACUCAGUGUAGCAGGUUCGAAGCAACCAGUUGCAACUGCCGCAGGAAACGAUGAUGGUGGAAAUCUUACAGAUGCAGAUGCUGAUCUGCAGGCUAGGCUCGAAAAUUUACGAAGGGAAUAAAUAUAUUUAAGUAUUUAUAACUGAGAUAUGUAUAAAGAUAUAAAAACAAAUGUUACUUUUGUAAGCAUAAGUUUAUAUGCUCUAUAGCUUUAGAUCGAGAUAUGAAUGUUUUAUUACAGCGCUUGUUCACUGAUUCAUUUGUUCAGAGAAUUUAUCUGAAACGUGGAAGAAUGUUGUUUUUGUAAUUACUUAAGAUAAUGUUGACUGUCAUCUUAUUCAUACAUGGAUAGCGCUCGAAUUUCUAUAAGAAUCCUUCUAUUUAUCUAAUUAAAAAUGGUUAUAUUAAGUACUUGAAGUUAUGGACAACAGAUAUACUGAAACAUUGCGAAAAUAAUUGAUAAGAUUUGUUAUAAGUGGAAAUACUACUUAAAUGAUGAAAUGAAGUUUUCAGUAGUAUUAACAUGGCAGUCAACAUGGUAAAUAUUUUUCGUGAAAUCAUGAAAUGUUAUAUAAAAAGGAUAGAAACCUUAAUUGCUUAUUGAGCGAUUGUUAUCUUUUUUAUAAAAAUCAAACAACUUUGUAGUAACAGAAAAAGAAGUUUCUGUGCAUAUUUUUUUGCACAAAGCAAUUUGUAAAGUCAAAUUACACUUGAAAUACCUAUUGAGUAUACUGUACUAAAUACUUAAUUAAUGUAUUUUGAUAAAUAUAUGUACAUAGUUUUACUUGAAAAUUUAUAGUUUACAUACAUGUACAUAUAUGCUUUUAUUUUUUUAGCACAUAUUGUACAUUUACUGUAAAAGUAUAUAAAAAACAAUUUAAUAAUUUUUGUACAAAAAUAAUUGAAUGAUAUAAUGUUUCAUGCAUGAAAAUACAAUAUGAUUAAGUUUCCUCUUUGCACUUGCUGAAAUUGAAUUUUCCAGUGCUCGAAAAUAAUACUUGUUUUCAAGAAAUAUGCGACGAUAAAAUUUAUAUGCAGCUUUAUAAUUCAGGCACAAUUAAUAAACGAAUUAAACAGUAACA